AUAUUGUGCCUUGAAAUGCAGGUCAUUUGUCACCGCGGAUGAUGAUCCCUGAUAAUCCGUGGUCAACGACAUGGGCAUCGGCGCAGCCAGUUUCCGCACAUCGGCAGAAACGAUUGUUCGAUGACACGCGAGAGGCGGAGAAGGCUCUGCAUUACCUGAGUUCGAAGCGAAUAGGCCAGAUCGCGCAACUCUUAUUGCCGACUCUGACGCACGCCGCGCUCCAUACCCUGAGCUCACAGAAACAGGAAGCUCUACCGAGUCUGCCCGAUGUAGCACAGAGUAUACUUAAUAAAUUGCAAUACGCGACGAAACCAAUUCAUCAAAAGCUACAAUUGUAUGAGGAAAUCACGCGUGACAUCGAGAGCGUGGAAGCGCUGGUUGCGCAAGUAAAUUCGUUACAGCACAAGCUGAGCGGUAACAACGACAAAGAAUUCACGUCCUUUUUGAUUCAAUUGAUGCGGGGAAAGGAAGUGAGCGUGCCCGGCGGUUCCAGAGGAGACAUCGGAGCUCGAAUAACGACGAUGUUCCGCGACGCUCAAAAGGCCGCUCACAUGAUGACGUCCGUCAGUAACACCAACAAAAGUACCUCAAGUGCGGAAGAUAGUCGAUACAAAACGUUCCCCGAACCGUCGUGCAAGGAAUUCAUUUUGCGAGCGAUAAUGCCACGACCUUCGCCAGCAUCCACGCCGCAGCCGCAGCGGCUGUAUGUCUGCCUUAAACGAGAUCACAUUCGUUUAGCCGGAUUCUUUUCCGAAGAUACGACGUUUUUAUAAUGUCGAUCAAACGGCAUCAUCGUCGCAUUUAAGUAAUUUUUAUUGUAAAAAAUCAUACGCGUCUUUUGGAUUUGCCACGAUAAUGAUUGUGGAUCAUGUAUCGUUUGUUCUUUUCAUUGAAUUCGUUGUUCAUUCGUAAUUAAUUUUCCUA